AUGCUGCCCGCUCUUUCGUCUUUGAGCAUCCACCUCCUCCCACUGGUUGCAACGUCCACAAUCGUCUUCCUGAAUACUGGAACCAAAUACGUCGGAAUCCACGUUUCAACAACAUGGCUACAGUUCCUGGCUAAGUUUGUCGAGUUACUUGCUCAGGCCUCGAUCAGCGGACCUGUUUAUAUGUACCUCCGCCAUGAACUGACAUGGUCCGAUGGCCUUCCUUUCGGUGCCAUAUUCUCUGGUCUAGCAUUCAGGAAUAUAAGCUAUCUCUGGUCUUUGGAGUUUCUCGGAUCUAUCUCUUCCACCUCAUUCAGACGCCAAGGGAAAAUAAUCUUUGUGAUUUUCACAAUAUUCAACAUCCUUUUGGCUAGUGCUAUUGGACCAUCGAUCGCUGUCGGCCUCAUACCACGAACGCGAGAUUUCACAGUAAUAGAGCAGAAAAUCUGGUUUGGCGUGCCCGAAGGCUCCAACGCACUAUUUCCGUCCACACUCAGCCACGAAUUGGUUGCGCCUGAAUGUUCUUCCAUGAUUGAUACCCGGAAUGUAAACUAUUCAUGCCCGUCCACCGGAUGGGAGUAUCUGAAAGGCUUUGGCUAUUUUGAAGAUAGCUUUGCAUCUCGAUCGGGUGCUACCAGCCUCGAAAUCAAAGCGGUCUCGUUUGAGAAUGGUGACCGUAAGGCAAAGCUCUCCUCCAAUACGCUCGAAGAUUGGAUUUCCAAGCACAGCAACUCAAGUAAGGCCUACACGGCCACAUCAUUACAGAUGUUUCUGCUAAGCUCCGUUGUGUCUGUGUGGUCUGGUGCGCAAUUGGUAGUUCGGGAUGUAUUACGGUUGGGCAUGACCCAAGCAGCCACGGAAGUUCGCGGGAAACAGCCAAUUUCUUAUGUCGAGUGUUCACAGAGUCUGGACAUGGCUUCCGGACCAAAUGGAUCUCAACCACUUCUCCCAAGCAAUGUUUCCAGGAGUUCAACCUGGAGCAUAGAGUGGAUCGAACUUGACACCGAUCUCACCGGGCUUUCCAUCGGAGCCUUCGUGCUUCCACCUUUUCAAGCAGCGGAAGCUAUCCAAUUUUGCGCUGUGAUUGCUGGAUGGGCAGAGAGCUCGACUUUCCAAAGGGCCAGCGAUGGGUUUGAUGUCGCCAUAACUCAGUCGAAAGACAUAUCCUGGAAUGGCCAUGCAGCAAAGAUCACCAAGGACUGGGCACAGCUUCUUACACCCACUUUCAUCGAUACCAACAUAUCAGUAUUCGACUCGGUGAUGCAUACACUCGGGCUUUCGGCUGAUGGAGAUCUAUAUACAUCGACGAUUGGGAUUUUAGUCGUGAGUGGAAUGAUGAAUGCUGGUUAUGACAGCGGAACCCAUUGGUCUACCCUUCUUGAAUACGGACGCCACAAUUCAGAAUUUCCGCCGGGCCCUUUCCCUUUUGUUCUUCCACCAGAUGGCUCUCUGUUUGCUGUCCCAGACUCUCAGACCAAGGGAAAGUUUGCUGCUACCUACAAGUUCUUCGUGAACGGCCCGCUAUACUCUACACAGGGUCUAGCAGUAAAGCUGUCACUCGCAGUUCUGAUUGCUUACAUCGUAUAUAUUUCUACUUUCAUUAUCUACGUCAUCGGUUUCUCUAGAAUAUCUUCUUCCGCUUGGGACUCUAUUUCCGAACUGACAGCCCUUGCUUUACUUUCAAAGCCAACAGAGAAGCUCCAAAACACUAGCGCCGGGAUUGAGACAAUGGAACUGUUUAAGGAAGUUGUUAAAGUCUAUGCCGUAGGCUGGAAUCAUCUGGAAAUGGUGUUCAUAGAAGAUCAAGAGAAGCGUGCUACAGACACUGUAAGGGCGAAUAAGGAGUAUUAA